AUAGUGUAACGUAGAGUAAUCACUAAUGCGGCGCUCUCUAGUUCUUCGUAUAGGGCUGUUGGCAUGGCACAUCUGGAGCCUGCGCAAGCCCGUGGUUAUUAUUGGGACGGGGUAGGACUGUUCAUCACCGUCCUGUGUGUAUCGGGGCUGAGAAAGUCAACCCUUCUCUUUCCCACCAUUCUCUUUCCCAUCAGUCUCUUUCUCACCAGUCUGUUCCAUAUUACUCUGUAAUACCCAUUUACUGCAAAAAAAAAAAAAAAAAAAAAAAAAAAAAACGAUCGCCGAAAAUGGCGGACAACAAUGACAACAGCAGCAACAACAGCAACAACCCGACUUUAGAAUUCCAGACAUUCCAUAAUGUGAUCAAUGGGGCGAUUGCCGACACCCCAGGCAGAUAUCGGCGGACUGUCAACCCUUCCACUGAGAAAGACAAUCACGAUGUGCCUUUCAGCGGUCCAGAAGAUGUGGACAGAGCUGUCGAAGCGGCAAAGAAAGCUGCCGGGACGUGGUCGGCUGUCUCGUGGAACGAGCGUGCUGACAGACUUCAGAAAUUUGCAGAUGCCAUCGAGGGUAUCGCGGGUGAACUAGCCAAGCUAUUGACCAUGGAGCUAGGUAAGCCUCCGAUGUGGGCUGGUUACGAAAUCGCCACUGGCAUCCAAUGGAUCAGAGACUUCAGCCAGAUGUCGCAUCCUGGAGAGGAUAUCCAGGACACACAGGAGCGCAAAGUGACGACGCGUUACUUGCCCCUCGGUGUCGUCGUCGGCAUCGUGCCCUGGAACUACCCCAUCCAAUUGGCGUGUAUGAAAAUUGCUCCCGCGCUGCUCACCGGGAACUGCUUUAUCUGGAAACCUUCCCCCGGCAGCCCCUACACCAGUCUGAAGGUCGCUGAGCUAGCACAGCGCUUCUUCCCUGCCGGCGUCCUUCAGGCCUUGAGCGGCGAUGACGAUCUUGGCCGCUGGCUGACCGGACACCCUGGCGUCGACAUGGUCAGCUUUACCGGCUCAACAGCCGUCGGUAAGCUGGUAUCACAGACGUGCAGCAAGACGCUCAAGCGCUGUACUCUCGAGCUGGGCGGCAACGACGCCGCCAUUAUCUGUGCCGACGUGGACCCCGUUGCCGUGGGCUCAAAGAUUGGCCUCUUCGCCUUCUGUAACUCGGGCCAAAUCUGCAUCGCCAUGAAACGCGUUUAUGUCCACGAGUCGGUCUACGAGGCUGUACUCGCUACUGUGGUAGGCUUCGUACAGAGUCUCAAGCUGGGCAUUGAGGAAGACGCGUUCAUGGGGCCAGUCGCGAAUGAGGCCCAGUAUAACCGCAUUAGAGCUUUGUUAACAGACAUAAAGACAAGCGGGCUCACUGUCGCGGCUGGAAGCACCGAGCCUCUUUCCGAUCGGAAGGGGUUCUUCUUAGUACCCACGGUGAUUGAUAACCCACCUGACGACUCGCGUGUAGUUACCGAGGAGCAAUUCGGGCCUGUCAUACCCCUAUUGAAAUGGUCGGAUGAGCAAGAUGUGAUCCGGCGGGCCAACGACACCGACGCUGGCCUUGGUGCAUCCGUGUGGACUCGGGAUAUGGUGCAGGCUGAUCGCAUGGCCCGGCAGCUCCAAGCCGGGAACGUCUGGGUCAACUGUCACGCUGAGAUGCAACCCAGUACCCCCUUUUCUGGUCACAAGCAGAGCGGCAUGGGUGUCGAGAUGGGAGUAGAUGGCCUAAAGUCCUAUUGUAAUGUCCAGAGCGUCUACGUCAAGGAGGCUUGAUCGAUAUAAUCCAUAGCCCGUCCCUCUAGAGAUGGCUCCAGAUGCUGUGUCUAGCGUUCAGAAUUUACCAUUCACAAACUUUUGGGAGAUCCUGAGCUUAAUCGCGUCUGAUAUAACUACUUAACCUAGUCCCUCUUAAGCUUUGAUGGAUCUUAAUUGAUUUAGUAGCAUGGCGCCUUUCUCUGCUGGCAUUCUCGCCCCCUCGGGCGGCGUAUUCCGCAACUUGAACCCGUCGCAGAUGCCCUCCACUCACCCGACCCCCUCGUGCGUAUUAAGUACUUAAUGAAUCUGAAAAAGGGGAGGGUGCUAGCAGGUCGACAAUCAUUCUUGAUAGGAAUAUGAACUUAACUAUCUUCGUCAUUUCCGUAGUCAUGGAUCAUAACAAAAUUAGCAGCAUCUUGUCCUCCAAGUCCAAUGCGGUUCAUUUUUCGUAAUGGCCGGCACCGCGCCAUCGGCAUAUCGACGGCCUUGAUCCUCUAGGAGUACAUUAUUUACUCAUACGCACAGCUACGCUUAAGGAGGUAGUUGGUUGCAACUCAUAUAUUGGUGGGGAGGGCCUUUAUUCGACCCCUAGGUGUACGCUAUACGCGCGUUGUAUGGCCGGCUACACCUAGGGCUCGAAUAACUGCCCAUCCAAAGUGCGCAUUAAACUAAGUACAAAAAAUAAAGCAUAUAUAACG